AUGUUAAAACCAUCUGAAUUUAUUAUUAAAACUUUAUUUCGUUCAUUUUCAUCAAAAUAUACAAAAUUUCGUUCAAUUUCACCACUAUUACGUUUUUAUAUGGAUACAAAAUCUGUAUAUGGUCCACAAAAAUUAGUUCGAGAAAAACGAUCUACAAAACCCAGUGACUUUGAUUUAUUUAAUGAAAGUUUAAAGAAAAAAAUAUUCGAAAAUGAUACAGAAUUAUUAUAUGCUGGUUCUAAUGGAUUUCGUCGAGCAUGUAGUAUUGCAAAAGGUAUUCCAAUAAGUGAACGUCAAAAAUAUUUACGUCAUUUAUUUCGUAUACCACGUGGUCAACGUCUUUCAUUAUAUCCACAAGCUUAUAUAUCAAAUAAAUAUUUAGGUUUAAGAAGAAAAAAAAACAAUAGAUAA